AGCGCGCACGGCCAUGCUCAUCGUUCACCUCCGUCGCGUCGCAGCAUCUCUGCGCAGUCCAUACGUAUCCUCCCUUGCGGAGGACAACGCUCACCUUGUCACUCCUUAUCCUACCUAGUGUCGCUCCCUUCGACGAGCGAAGCAGGCGCCGACGCAGCCAUGGACACGGAAACCAUACUCUAUUGGGGCGGGGGUGCCUUAGCUGGGCUGUUCACGGUGACUUGGGAAGCUUGCUUCGCCGAGUCGAGGACGACAACCUCUGGGUCGCGAGCUAUGUGCUCGUGUACUGAUCCCUCGUACAUUCCCCCUGUGUAUGAGCGCGACACUCACGGCAGACCUACAGCUCUACGCGCUACUUGUGAUAUGGUCUCCCCCUGCUAUCGUCACGCACGACUCCGAGAAGGAG